AUGUCUAUGGUGCUUCUGCUCGCGGCCCUGCGAACAACAGCAGCCCUCGCGCCGCAGCGCCUCGUCGCGCCGCAGCGCCGGGGCCUCGUGCGGCUCCUGAGCACCGCGAACGUCCAGGACGCGCCGGCGCCGAAGCGGAAGCGCGUGAAGCGCAUCCGCCAGCACAUCAACCCGCUCGCGUCCAAGCAGGUGCAGCCCGCGGUGCUCGCCGACGACUGGUUCGCGGCCGCCUUCGCGGACCCGGGCAAGCCCCUGAUCGUCGACGUCGGGUCCGCGCUCGGCGGCUGGGUCGUCGAGAGCGCGGCGGACGACGGCGGCCGGAAUUGGCUCGGCCUGGAGAUCCGGCCCGCGGCGCACGACGUCGCCGUGGGCCGCCUCGCCAAGGCCGACGUCGGGAACGCCCACUUCCUCCAGUGCAACGCGAACGUGGACCUCGCGCGCAUCCUGGCCGACGCGGCGGCCGCCGGCGCGCCGCUCGAACGGGUCUGCGUCCAGUUCCCGGACCCGCACUUCAAGAAGAAGCACCACAAGCGGCGCGUCGUGACGCCCGAGCUCCGCGCGACCAUCGCCGCGGCCCUGGCCGCGUCGACCUUCGUUUCGCCGUCGGCCUACCUCGUGAGCGACGUGCUCGAGGCGGCGACGGCGAUGCGCGACGAGUUCCGCGGCGACGCGACGCUCGUCGAGGUCGGGCCCUGGAACGCCGCCGGCUGGCUCGAGGCGUCGCCCCUCGCCGUGCCGACGGAGCGCGAGCGCUGCGUCCUCGCGGGCAAGGGCGAGACGUCGACGGCGCCGGGGACCGCGUUCCGCGCGCUCUUUACGCCGAACUGA